GCUACGUCACGUAUCUACUUUGCGUUGCAUUGUGGGAAGCGUGCCGACAAUAAUCAUGGCUGACCCUUUCGGCGACUGCCUGUUCAGCGUGUUUGACGACGAGCAGCAGCCUACCACUAGUAAGAAACUGUCGGUUUCGACUGCUGUGGAAACAGGGAAAACAGCAGCUCGAACUAAUGACAGCGAUGUUCGCCAGGCCACCAGAAACAAGAGGGAGCCAGACAUUGACGGAGGAGAGGAGCUCUGCUUGGGGAAGAAACCUCGCCUUGACGCCGCCUCUGCUAAUGACUUAAACCUUGCAGAUUUUAUGCCCCAAAUCAAAGUGGAGCAAGUGGAGACGAUUGAAGGUUGUUCUCAUGAGGUCGCUCUUCCUUCCUGUGACGAAUACAAACCUCUCAAGCCUCGAAUAGGGAAGGCAGCCAAGGAGUAUCCUUUUAUUCUGGACCCUUUCCAGCGCGAGGCCAUCUUAUGCAUCGACAACAACCAGUCUGUGCUCGUCUCAGCCCACACCUCUGCCGGAAAGACCGUCUGUGCAGAAUACGCCAUUGCACUCGCCCUCCGAGAGAAGCAGCGAGUGAUCUUCACCAGCCCCAUUAAGGCUCUCUCCAAUCAGAAGUACAGAGAGAUGUACGAAGAGUUCCAAGACGUUGGAUUGAUGACGGGCGACGUUACCAUCAACCCCACCGCCUCCUGCCUCGUCAUGACAACAGAGAUCCUAAGGAGCAUGCUGUACCGUGGCUCAGAGAUCAUGAGGGAAGUGGCGUGGGUCGUCUUUGACGAGAUCCAUUAUAUGAGAGACGCAGAGCGUGGCGUUGUGUGGGAGGAGACCAUCAUUCUGCUCCCUGACAAUGUGCACUACGUCUUCCUGUCGGCCACCAUCCCAAACGCCAGACAGUUUGCAGAGUGGAUAUGUCACCUUCACAAGCAGCCAUGCCAUGUGGUCUACACAGACUACCGUCCAACCCCGCUGCAACACUAUGUAUUUCCAGCAGGCGGUGAUGGACUCCACCUGGUGGUGGAUGAAAGCGGAGACUUUCGGGAAGACAACUUCAACACAGCCAUGCAAGUUCUAAGAGACACCGGGGAUUCUGGGAGCAAUGCGGGAGGCAAGUGGGAUCCCAAGGGACGCAAAGGGGGAACAAAAGGUCCGUCCAGUGUUUUCAAGAUAGUCAAGAUGAUUAUGGAGAGAAACUUCCAGCCCGUCAUCAUCUUCAGCUUCAGUAAGAAAGAAUGCGAGGCCUACGCUCUGCAGGUGGCCAAACUGGAUUUUAACAACGAUGAAGAGAAGCGACUUGUGGAGGAAGUGUUCAACAACGCAAUAGACUGUCUAUCAGACGAAGACAAAAAACUUCCUCAGGUGGAGCACGUGCUGCCACUGCUGAAGAGAGGGAUCGGAAUCCACCAUGGAGGCUUGCUGCCCAUCCUGAAGGAAACCAUUGAAAUUCUCUUCUCCGAAGGCCUGCUGAAAGCCCUGUUUGCUACGGAGACAUUCGCCAUGGGUAUCAACAUGCCAGCGCGCACCGUGCUCUUCACCAGCGCCCGGAAGUUCGACGGCAAGAAUCACCGCUUUAUUACUUCAGGCGAGUACAUCCAGAUGUCGGGGCGUGCGGGCAGGAGAGGAAUGGAUGACCGAGGCAUCGUUAUCUUCAUGGUGGACGAGAAGAUGAGUCCGUCUGUGGGCAAACAGCUCCUCAAGGGAUCAGCGGAUCCUCUGAACAGUGCCUUCCACCUGACCUAUAACAUGGUGCUCAACCUGCUGCGCGUGGAAGAGAUUAACCCUGAAUACAUGUUGGAGAAAUCCUUCUACCAGUUCCAACACUACCGGGCGCUGCCGGGCGUCGUGGAAAGAAUAAAGAAGCUGGAGAAAGAGUACAACAAUAUCAAUAUCCCCAACGAAGAGAGCGUGGUGACCUAUUUUAAAAUCCGCCAGCAGCUGGCCAAACUGGGCAAAGAGAUCCAAGAAUUCAUCCACAAACCCAAAUACUGUUUGCCUUUCUUGCAAUCGGGGCGACUUAUCAAGGUAAAAAAUGAAGACGUUGACUUUGGCUGGGGUGUCGUCGUCAAUUUUUGCAGGAAGGCCAACGUGAAGGUCAGCACCGACGCGGAGCCGCUCUUUGUGGUGGAGGCGUUGCUGCACUGCAGCAAGGACAGCGUCAAGGAUGCAGCGACGGAGGCAGCCAAACCCGCUGCUCCAGGCGAGGUUGGAGAGAUGCAGGUUGUCCCUGUCAUGCUGCAUCUGCUGACAUCCAUCAGUUCAGUCCGUGUUUACAUCCCCAAAGACCUGAGGCCUUUUGACAACCGCCAGUUGAUGCUCAAGUCCAUUCAGGAGGUGCAGAAGCGUUUCCCAGACGGGAUUCCUCUCCUCGACCCUAUCGACGACAUGGGCAUCAAAGAUCCGGGUUUGAAGAAGGUCAUUCAGAAAGUGGAGGCCUUUGAGCACCGCAUGUACUCACACACGCUGCACAGCGACCCCAACCUGGAGGCGGUCUACUCGCUCUGUGAGAAGAAGGCUGUGAUCGCCGCAGAGGUGCGCACGGCCAAGCGCGAGCUAAAGAAAGCUCGGACCGUCCUGCAGAUGGACAAGCUCAAGUGCAGGAAGCGAGUGCUGCGGCGCCUCGGCUUCGCCAGCCCAUCUGAUGUCAUCGAGGUGAAGGGACGAGUCGCGUGUGAAAUCAGCAGCGCUGACGAGCUCCUGCUGACGGAGAUGGUGUUCAACGGCCUCUUCAACGACCUGACGGUGGAACAAGCCACUGCCUUGCUGUCCUGCUUCGUCUUCCAGGAGAACGCUAAUGAGUUGCCAAAACUGACUGAACAACUUGCUGCUCCCCUCCGGCAAAUGCAGGAGUGUGCCAAGCGCAUCGCCAAAGUGUCUGCGGACGCCAAGCUAGAAGUGGACGAGGACACGUACCUGGGCCAGUUCAAGCCGCACCUCAUGGACGUGAUCUACGCCUGGGCCAACGGCGCCACUUUCGCACAGAUUUGUAAGAUGACCGACGUCUUUGAAGGAAGUAUUAUUCGCUGCAUGCGCCGCCUGGAGGAGGUGCUGCGACAAAUGUGCUCCGCCGCUAAAGCGAUCGGCAACACGGAGCUGGAGAAUAAGUUUGCUGAAGGAAUCACAAAGAUCAAAAGGGACAUCGUCUUUGCCGCUAGUCUCUAUUUGUAAUUCUUGUAAGACCUUCUUACUGAACAUUAUCAUCAAACAUCAGUUUGAAUUCACCCAAUCAUCCUGAAUAUAUUGUCAUCACUUUAACUUUUGAUGCACUCAGUCUGCCCCAUCUGAUAUUUUUUAAAACUCUUCUUUGAAAUCAUUUAAUUUGUGCAUUUGUUAGUUUUUAUUUGAAACCAUGCCUGACGACAAAUGACAUAACAUGUUUUGUUAUCAAGUGAAAUGGCUUUAUUUUUCCUGUUUUUUUUCUUCUUCUUUUAGACAUUUGUACAUAUUUAACUUUUUCAAUAAACGUCUGUAUGCUCAACAGUUGCCAUACAGACCACACAAACUUACAUAGUGGUGUUUAUUUUAAAAUUGUUGGGGAUACAUGGCAGCAGCAGCAGCAAUAACAGUCACAUGAAGAAGGCAUCCCAGGAUGCUAUCUAACCCUACCAUUCUUUGUCUUCAUUACUCCUUCUGGUCAAGAUGGCCAAAAGAGCAUCUGGACUUGUGAGAUGGCGACAUUCUUUAAAUUAGCCCUUUAAUGGACAUGCAGUAGUUGACCUCAAAGUGAACCUCAGUGAAGGCGCCUUAAGCAGAUGGACUGCCAGUAAAAAAAAUGAAAUGCUCAAAGCAGGCUUACAUUCACAGGUUUCAUACCCCCUGCCCUCCCUCCCCGUAGUGGUCUAGUCCUGCCUUCCAGUGGGUGCAUGCAGUACAAUCUUCCCACCCAUUCAGUAGAUGCAUGCUAAAGUCUUAGCCAUCCUCACAGUCCUUAGCCAAUAAAAUCAAAAUAUAAAACACGCUCCGCAUGCAGGCGAUGACAAAGCUGGAGAACUACCAUCCGAGGUGAGCACUUCGGCUUUAGUUGGGACUCUCAAAGUGGUUUCCGUUUGUUGGGGUCUCCUGCAGGCUGGUGUGGCGGAUGUCCGCCUCCUUGCAGGAAUCCAAA